AUAUUCAUGUCCUUUUCCCUCGAAACAGAUCUCAGGCCGGAAAAUGUUCUGUUUGACGAAGGAACGCCACCCAGACUAUUCAGGAACUUCUCAUUCAUACUCCUCAGAUCAUCGACGGUGAAUUUGAAUUGAAAGGCGCACGUUAUCCCAUCAUGCGGUCGCAGCCUAUUCCUCAUCCUUUUCGGUGGGACGACCCCGGCAUCACUGUAGAACUGUAUUCAGUUUGUGUGACGGGUUUCAGGAAAGUGCAAAUGACCAAUGCACGACCUCCGAGUCCAACGAGAACAAUAAGUUCAUAUGACUUGCGUGCACCAGAAGUUAUCCUGGGGGCCGACUAUAAUGUCAAGGUAGACAUAUGGGCACUCGGAUGCAUGACUUUUGAGCUUCUCACUGGAAGUACGCUGUUCAUUCCACAAGCAGGUCAAAGUAUCGAAGAUGAGCAUUUGGCAAAGAUGGCGCAGAUGACGGGGGAGAGUUUCUCAGAAAAGAUCCUCGCGAAGUUCCGGAAGCGCAACGAGCACUUUGACGAGAGCGGGAAGUUAUUGCGUAUUGAGCAACUAUCCUUGAUGACUCUCGAGAGCGCAAUGAUCGAUCACGGUCUGCCGGAAGUAGAAGCGGCUGCUGCUGCAGCGUUCAUCUAUGCGUGUUUGCACUUGAAUUCAGAAGAACAAUCUUCGACCAGUGGCUUGCUCAAACAUCCAUGGAUGGAGUGUGCAUAUAUGUACUGCCAGUGUUAGCCUAUCAUUUCUGCAUUCUAGUAUUACAGGCACUGGGCACGUUAAUUCUUGAACAAUGAUAAAGAACUCUCGUGCUACACACCACCGCCAGUUGA